UCUGCGUGGGGUUUUGGAUGUCUUUCGAUCACGAUGCCACAACGAGUUUUCCUGCCCCUGCUGUUGCUUUCAACGUGGUCAAUUGCGGGAUGGACCGCGUCUGCAUCAGCUCCAGUCGCCCGUCCAGCUUCCCAGGUGCUGACAGCGCGAGAAGCUCGAGUAGCAACUACUUCUCAAGUGCUGGCUUUCAACGUGUCCAGCUUCGUGCUGCUCAUGUUCAUCAAAGCCAUGAUGGUUACUCUCGGUGUCAUUACCGGCUUCAGCGGUCUAGGCCUACUUGUGGGCCGAAGUCUCGAGCAGAGGUCUUCGAGGGCGGCGUCAGAUGUGACAAGAUUAAGGUGGAUGGAAGACCAAGUGGCCGCCGUGGCAACCGGCAACAUCAUGUGCGUCUAUCACUAUGCGUGUGAAGAACCUCUGAGGGCGAAAAUCCUUGCCUCGGGAGCCGACAUCGUCAUCGCUGUUCUCAAGAUGACUCCGAUCUCGCUGCCUCAGGGCCCUUUCUACGAGAAAAUGAUAGCCAGCAUUCGACUGGCGGCCAACGUUGGCGAACAGACACCUCAACUGUGCAAGCUGAAGUUCCCCUGCAAGGAACGCCCCAUCAUGUACAAUCGACACAGCAGAGUCAUCUAG